AUGCGCAGAUCGACUGCCCGCACUCGCGCCGUUUCGAAUCACAACGACGAAAUGGAUCCGAUCAAAACACGCUCCACCAACCUCUUCGCUCGCAACCCUAAGCCCGGGCCAUCGCGGUCCAUAUCUUCCGUCCUCCUCUUCAUUCUCGCGCUCUCCUUCCUCUUUCUCCUCUCUUACUACGCGUUCUCCCCCUGGGAGGGUAGUUUCCGCUAUCGGAUCAUCGUCGACGGUGGGAGCACUGGCACGCGCGUCCACGUUUUUAAGUACCGGUUAGGCAGGGCGUUGAAUUUCGGGAGGGAGGGUUUGGCCUCGAUGCGCGUGAACCCGGGGCUGUCGGCGUUCUCGGAGGAUGCGGAUGGGGCGGGAAGGUCAGUUUCGGAGCUGGUGGAAUUCGCGAAGGGGCGGAUCCCGAGGGAAAGCUGGAGGGAGACGGAGAUUCGGUUAAUGGCGACGGCGGGGUUGAGGAUGCUGGACGCGAAGGUGCAGGAAAGGAUUCUGGAGUCGUGCAGGAAGGAUUUGGUUUCCUGUUUGGAUUGGAGUGGUGUUGAGUUGUUAAAUGGAAUGUUUUAUGAAAGGGAUGGUGAUGGAACUUUGAACAUGGGAGCCUUGUUGAUGGAUGACUGCAUUGUCAGUGUCUGUAUGAUGAACUCCCUUGGUGUUCAUAAUAUCGGCUUGGAAUUGAGUGGUGAAGGUUCUGAUGAAGGAGUGUAUGCUUGGGUUGUUGCUAAUUAUGCACUUGGCACUCUUGGAGGUGAUCCUUUGGAUACAACUGGUAUUAUUGAACUUGGUGGUGCUUCUGCUCAGGUGACCUUUGUCUCAAGAGAAGCUGUGCUUCCUUCUUUCUCACGAACUGUUACAUUUGGGAAUAUCACUUACAGCCUCUACAGCCACAGCUUUCUUCACUUUGGCCUGAAUGCUGCUCAUGACUCGUGGAAAGAAGCACUUGUAUCAGGAGAAUAUAAUUUGGCUUCUCAAUCUAUUCAAGAAAGGUUGAGGAUAGAUCCUUGUACUCCUACAGGAUACUCUUAUAAUGUUGAGUUAUUGAAGUUCCCUCCGAACUCAGAAAGUGGAGAAAACCAUUAUCGGUCCACUGUCCAAACAAGGGGGAAUUUUUCAGAGUGCAGAUCUGCAGCACUUACUCUGCUACAAAAAGGGAAAGAAUCAUGUCCCUAUCAGCAUUGUGACAUCGGAUCAACUUUCAUACCAAAUCUUCAGGGGAAUUUUUUGGCUACAGAAAAUUUCUAUCACACAUCAAAGUUUUUUGGAUUGCGGCCAAGGGCCUAUCUGUCCAAGUUGAUUACUGCUGGGCAAGAAUUCUGUGGAGAGGAUUGGUUAAGGCUGAAGGAAAAAUAUGUUUCCCAUGAUGAGGAUGAUUUACAUCGGUAUUGCUUCUCUUCAGCAUAUAUUGUUGCUCUGCUUCACGACAGUCUUGGAAUUGCUUUGGAUGAUGAGAGGGUCAAGGUUGCUAAUCAGGUGGGAAGUAUUCCGCUUGAUUGGGCUCUGGGAGCUUUUAUUCUGCAAACAACAGCUGAUGCACAUAUGCAGAACCAUAACUGGACUGCCACCAUUUUCAGUGAUGAAUCGCCUACUCUCCUCUCAAUUAUUGGAUUUUUUUUAGUGUUGUUAACGGCAUGGUCUAUAUCUAGGUGGAGGAAACCUCAGUUGAAGACAAUAUAUGAUCUAGAAAAAGGACGAUAUAUAAUCACGCGCAUUGGUAGAUAA